AUGAUCAUAUUCUUCCGAGUUGCGAGGAACUGGCCCGAGUUAGGGAGGAAUAUAUCGUAUGUCGAAGAAAUGGACCCUAGUUUCGACCACUCGGUUACGUACAAAUGCGUUAUAACUUGUGCAGUGUAUCUACCUGAGAUAUUUUGGAGGACUGCCCGCGAGAAUUACGGGCGUGCGACACAGCUCGUGCGACAAGUGGAUGACGUAAUCAGCGGGGUCAUUUUCAUUUCCUUCGCAAACAACCUGUUCUUUAUCUGUCUGCAGUUGUUUAACACACUGGAAGACGGGAUUAAGGGAACUGGUGACUGUAACAGCCGUGUAAAAAAGACCACUAUUCUUGGGGGUUACGAAGCAGCUGCAUAUUUUCUGUUCUCUCUCGUGUAUCUUAUUACACGUUCAGUCGCUGUAUCUCUCAUAGCUUCCCAAGUUAACACAGCAUCAACUGUUCCCGCACCGGUGUUGUACGAUGUACCAUCUCCAGUUUAUUGCUUGGAGGUUCAGAGAUUUUUGGAUCAGAUUCACGGUGACAAAGUUGCGUUGAGUGGACUACAGUUUUUUAGCGUGACGCGAAGUUUAUUGUUAACUGUUGCUGGAACAAUAGUCACCUACGAGCUUGUGAUGUUCCAGUUCAACUCACCACAGGAUUCUGAUGCAGUUAUCAGUAAUAUAACGACAACAGCUACCACUCCACAUAAU